AUGGACAAGGUCACCAAACAGAUGAAGGGCUCCCAGCAACCUGGAGACGCCAAGAACACUGCCAAAAAGUUCACCGAUCAAGGUCAGGGCAAGGUCGAUGAGCUCAAGCAGAAGGGCCAGGAGGCUGCUCAAUCUGUCAAGGAUGCUGCAUCCAAUGUCACAGGUAGUGUACCAGGCGGGCUUUCUUAG